GUUUUAUAAUCCGUUUUAUAAAGUCAAUUUUAGCAAAAGUGUUCCUUGGACCGGUAAAAACUUUCCAUUUUCGAAGUGUCCGCUUUUUGGAGGUUCUAUGUUCCGAUUUUAGCCGCAUACACUUGCAUAACACUAAAGAACCAAAAAUUCCCUAAUUACGAAAUAAAAACUGAAAAAAUUGUUUUCCAUUGCUAGAAACACUCGGUGACGAAGUCGUGUUCCUUUGACCUCGCAAAAAAAUGACUUGACCAACUAAGUAACUUUAAUGUUUCAUGUUAGAAGGAUGUAUACAUAUUUUAUACGCUAUAGUUAAACAUGUUACAUUGAGAAAAGAUUGUUGAAUAGAACUUCUAAGCAACCAUGUUAUUAUGUCUGCUUUGCUUAGCAGGGAUCUUUUCUCUAUAGGUUGAAUACACAAAGAUAUUAAAAACUAAUAUAAAGACGUGUGUUUUUAAAAAACAAAUCAAAACGUAUUUGACAAAAAGAAAGAGGAAAAGAAAAAGUGAAAAUAAAAUGUUAUUUUUUAUAUCGACAUUGAUGUUUAUCUGCAGAUAUGGUUUCAGUGUAGCAUCAACUUGCGAAUCAAAAUUCAAAUGCAAAGAGGAAAAGACAUCCGCAAUUUUUGCUUACAUAAGCAUGAGCAAACUCGACAAUACAAAGUUAAACGGAUCCAUACUAUCAACACAUUAUGUUGAAAGUGAAGCAAAAUGUAACAAACUCUGCGCAAUGGAUGAUGGGUGUUUUUCAACCAAUGUUGGUCCUAACAACGUCUCAUCUUUAAUCUGUGAGAUUCUUGAUGGGGACAGAUACACAAACGCUUCUUCACUUGUCAAUAUGACUGGUUGGCUCCAUUUUACAGCAGCAAGCAAAUGCGACAGCAAUCCUUGUAAUCCAAGAUAUGAAAAGUGUCUGCCACAUCACGGAAACCAUUCGUACACAUGUGUGGUAUCAGAUCCGUACUACCGUCCUUUGAUCAACUUUACAUUUGAUGAAAAUCUGAAUUGUUCUGGUUGCAACGCUUUGGCAUUUUGGCGUACUGGAACGCGUAUAAAUGUUCCAGAUCGGAUAACGAAGGUGUUAUAUUUGAAACAGUUGAUUGACGUUGCAGGACUAGGAUCAAAUAUACGUGCCGAAGGAUGUUUGAAGGAUCUUUUAUCUGCAUUUCCUGAUAACUGUGACAGCGAUGGAUUUGUGUUUUCAUUUUGGUACAAAACUUUCAAACGCUCUUGGCUUGGCUCAGCGGUCGUCUUUCAAACGUAUUACAACGGUUUUGACUUCACUUUGGGUGAAAGGUUUGCGGACAAUACAGGCUUGUGGAACAUCUCUUUUAAAACUGAGAAUUACAUCUAUCGUUUCAACAACUACAACGGUCCCGAUGCUACGCAAUGGAUCCAUUUUCUUUUUAAGUUUGAUAUUGCGAAUGAUUUGUUUUCUGUAUUCGUUAAUGGCGAGCAUAAAUUUGAUGGAGAAAAAUUGGCAAGAGAGCCAGGUGAUUUCAAAAAAACUGUUAUAAAAAUGGCUUGGAAAGGCUCUUCAACCAAGUACUACGGCCUCUUUGACGACAUCUUAUACUACAAUCGCUUGCUUUCCAAUGAAGAAAUACGAAAUCUCCACACGGAACAACUGACGCACUAAUGAAAUGUCGUGAGUAGAUUGCAUCAGUUUAUCACGACGCAAACAAUGGCUAAUUUAUUAGUUUUUUUAUUUAUUGGUUGGUUUAUUGAUUUGUUUAUUCAUAUGCAAUGAUUCCCCAAACAAGAGAAAAAGUCAAGAGAGUCUCUGUGUUAUUCAAGUUUCUUAUGAAAAGUAAAAUUUUAUAAUACAAAUGUGAAUCUAUAAAAAAAACAAAUCAAAACAACUUUUUUUAUAACAGGACGGUUACUCAGAGGCGGGCGUUUAUUUAAUGUGGCAUAUUUUUUAAAAAUGGUUAACAUGGUUGCUUAACCAAAUUAUGCAGCAUUUGAUUAUUUAUUUAAGCACGAGUUUACACAAUCAUUUGAUUAUUUUCUGCAAAAGAUUUAUGUACCAAAAAUUGCUUUAGUAGUUACAUUGUUGUACAUAACUCCUUGUUUUUUUAUCUCUUUCGUCCUCCAAAGGAAUGUUUGAUAUGAUUUCCUACAUGUCUUUCGCCCGUCCAUCUGCCUGUCCGACUGGCCAACUGGCCGUCUAUUGUCAUUUCAGUACU